UAUUUUGGGACAAGCCUCAAUCCUCUUUAAUAUACAUUCCAAAUCUACAAUGCAAUAAUCACAGUCACAGAGAAAUUCCAUAAGUGCAAUAAUAAAUCGACAUAAGAACUUUUUUUUAGUAAGGAUACACGCAAGGGUAUCCCAAGUCAGCACUCAGCACAUACCAUCCGGCUCUUCUGUUUAAACUCAGUUCAGCAGCGACGCCCUCCUGUAUCAACUUUUUGACUAUCGUAUGAAAAAGAGAAAGAGAAAGAAGUGAUGUAAAUGUAAUACCAAUUAUAGUUAUUUGCAUUUUGAUUUGAUUGGAUUCCUUCAUCCAAUACCAUAGCAGUAGCAAUACUAGCAAUAGUAAUUUCUACUCAUUGGGGUUUGGGUCUCUGUGGUGAGUAAGGGUAGGAGAUGGGCUAUGGUUCGAAGAAGAAGAAGCGUGGAGGAGGAGGAGGGAGCGGGAAAAGGAGUAAAGGAAGGACACCAUCCAAGGAUCAUGGCCAUGGCAGCACUCAUCAUAAUACCGAUUCUGAUAAUGAACUUCUUUCUGAGGAAAUCACUGCCUUAUGCGCAAUCUUUCAAGAAGACUGCAAAAUUGUUCCUGGACCACCUUCUCAAAUUUCCAUCAAGAUAAGGCCUUAUUCAAAGGAUAUGGGUUUCGAGGAUUUGGAUGUUUCUGCUGUUCUUCUUGUUAGGUGCUUGCCUGGGUAUCCUUUCAAGUCUCCAAAGUUGCAGAUUACUCAAGAAAAAGGUUUAACAAAUCAUGAUGCUGAAAAGCUUUUGUCUCUUCUUCAUGAUCAGGCAAAUUUUAAUGCUCGAGAAGGACGGGUAAUGAUUUUCAAUUUGGUGGAGGCUGCUCAAGAAUUCAUCUCUGAAAUUGUGCCAGUGGGCCAAUCACAUGAUUCUGUCUUAUGUUCGAGUUUGGAUAGCAGUAGUCAAUUGUUUCGUCAGGAUAUUGCAGUUUCAAGUAAUCUUGGGGGGCCUUUUGUUUAUGGUUUUAUUGACCUUUUCAGUGGCUCAGGGGAGUCCUGGAAUUGGGGUUUUGGGUUGGAUGAGAACGCUGGAAUAAAAUCCUCAGUGCCACUGCCACCACAUGCUUUGAAUGCCUCAAAAAUUGCAGCUGAGGUCAAGGAGAAUUAUGUCAGACCAUUGGAAUUGGAGGAAAAAAAAGAUUCUUUACAUAACCCUACGGCCAUAUUACACGCUCUUCAAGAAGAGAGUGAAGAAGGUGAUAAAAACAUAUCUUCCACAGAUUCCAGUACAUCUUCAGAGGAGGAUUUAGUUGAAACCAGUGGAACAAGUGAGGAGGAGGAUUUCACUCUUGGGGAACAUAUAGAGGAGGAGGAUGGGGAGCAGGGAAGUGACAGCUCAAACUCACCAUCCUCUAGGUCAAUGAUUUUCGAACAAGUAUCUCAAAAUUCUAAAAGGGAUUUGAUUAUGGUUCAUUUGCUUCGACUUGCUUGCUCUUCUAAUGGGCCACUGUCUAGCUCACUGCAACAAAUAUCAACAGAACUGUACAAUCUAGGGAUUCUCUCAGAACAGGGUAAGGAGUUGGCUUCUGAACCAUCUACACAUUUUAACAAAACAUUUGAUCAUGCAUUCCAGCAGUAUAUGGUUUCAUCAAAAUUAUCUCAAUUCUGGAAAUACACUUCUGAUACUGAAGGGCGGAAUACAUCUCUUCCAAACUCUCGAUAUCUCAAUGACUUUGAGGAAUUACAGUCCCUAGGUCAUGGUGGUUUUGGCCAUGUUGUGCUGUGUAAAAACAAAAUAGAUGGAAGACAGUAUGCAGUAAAGAAAAUUCAGCUCAAGGACAAAAGCCUGCCUCUAAAUGAUCGGAUACUAAGGGAAGUAGCAACACUUUCACGUUUGCAGCAUCAACAUGUGGUUCGCUACUAUCAGGCAUGGUUUGAAACAGGGAUAGUUGGUUCUUAUGGUGACACCACUCUGGGGUCAAGAACGACAGCAAGCUCUAGUUUCAGCUUCACCAGGACAAGUUCAGCAGAUGCCCUUGGACAGGACACCAAUCUUGAAUCAACUUAUCUUUAUAUACAGAUGGAAUAUUGUCCUCGGACUCUACGGCAGGUUUUUGAUUCGUAUAAUCACUUUGACAAAGAGUUAGCAUGGCAUUUGGUACGUCAAAUUGUUGAAGGAUUGGCACACAUACACGGGCAAGGAAUCAUUCAUCGAGAUUUGACACCAAAUAAUAUAUUUUUUGAUGCUCGCAAUGAUAUUAAAAUUGGGGAUUUUGGUCUUGCCAAGUUUUUGAAGUUUGAACAGUUGGAUCAAGAUCUGAGUUGUCCUCCAGAUGCAACUGGUGUGUCUGUUGAUGGUACUGGUCAAGUUGGUACCUAUUUUUACACUGCACCUGAAAUUGAGCAAGGAUGGCCAAAGAUUGAUGAAAAGGCUGACAUGUACAGCUUGGGAAUAGUUUUCUUUGAGCUUUGGCACCCAUUUGGAACUGCAAUGGAACGACAUGUUGUCCUAUCUGAUUUGAAACAGAAAGGAGAACUUCCAUCUGCAUGGGUUGCUGAAUUUCCAGAACAGGCAUCUUUGUUGCGACGCUUAAUGUCUUUAAGUCCAUCUGAACGUCCUUCUGCUACAGAACUCCUACAUCAUGCAUUCCCUCCACGAAUGGAAUCCGAGUUGUUAGACAAUAUUCUACGUACAAUGCAAACUUCGGAGGACUCAAGUAUAUAUGAUAAAGUUGUGAAUGCCAUUUUUGAUGAAGACACAUUAAGCAUAAAAGACACACAUCAUCACACUGGUAGAUUUAGGUUAUCAGGAGGUGGUCCUUCUUCCAUCCAGUAUGCUGAUUUAGAUACUGAGGUCCGUGACUAUGUCACUGAAAUCACAAAGGAUUUCUUUCGAAAACAUUGUGCAAAGCAUUUGGAAAUAAUUCCCAUGCGCUUGUUGGAUGAUUGCCCACAGUUCAAUAGGAACACUGUGAAACUCUUGAGCCAUGGAGGAGACAUGCUUGAACUUUGCCACGAGCUGCGAUUGCCUUUUGUUAGUUGGAUCAUCUCCAACCAGAAAUUUUCAUUCAAAAGAUAUGAAAUUUCAUGUGUAUAUAGAAGAGCAAUUGGACAUUCACCACCAAAUCGCUACCUUCAGGGUGAUUUUGAUAUUAUUGGAGGUGCAUCUGUGCUGACAGAGGCAGAAAUUAUCAAGGUGACCAUGGACAUUUUAGUUCGUGUUUUCCAUUCACAUUGCUGUGAUGUUCACUUAAAUCAUGGGAACCUAUUGAAUGUGAUAUGGUCUUGGAUUGGAGUUAAGGCGGAGUAUAGACAAAAAGUGGCUGAGCUUCUAUCCAUGAUGGGCUCCUUGCGUCCUCAAUCUACUGAACGGAAAUCAAAAUGGGCUGUCAUAAGGCGUCAGCUUUUACAAGAACUUCAUUUACCAGAAGCUGUUGUAAAUAGGUUGCAGACUGUCGCUUUAAGGUUCUGUGGGGCAGCAGAUCAGGCACUUCCUAGAUUGAGGGGAGCAUUACCAUCUGACAAGGCUACACGCAAGGCACUCGAUGAGCUUUCAGAUCUCACUAGCUACUUGAGAUUGUGGAGGAUAGACUCCCAUGUUUAUAUAGAUCUGCUAAUGUCGCCAACUGAAAUUUACCACAGGGAUUUGUUCUUUCAGGUAUACCUGAUGAAGGAAAACAAUUCUGGGUCACUUAUUGAUGGUGUAUUGCUUGCUAUUGGGGGUCGUUAUGACUAUUUGAUGCAUCAGAUGUGGAAUCAAGAAUAUCAGAAAUCAAAUGCUCCUGGAGCUGUAGGCACCAGCCUUGCCUUGGAGACUAUAAUUCAACAUUCUCCUGUAGAUCUGAAACCUAUCAGAAAUGAAGAUAGCAUUGAUAUUCUUGUUUGCUCAAGAGGAGGUGGAGGUCUUUUGGAAGAACGCAUGCAAUUAGUUGCUGAGCUUUGGGAGGAGAAUUUUAAGGCUGAGUUUGUUCCAAAACCAGAUCCAAGCCUUACAGAACAAUAUGAAUAUGCAAGUGAGCAUGAUAUAAAAUGUCUUGUUAUCAUAAGAGACACUGGUGGGUCUCAUAAAGGUUCUGUUAAGGUACGCCAUUUGGAGAUCAAAAGGGAGAAGGAAGUAGAAAGAGAAGACCUUGUGAAGUUUUUAAGCGACGCAAUGGCUGUACAGUUCCGGGUUCCUUCAAUAUGGAGUUAGAAUUGUCUAUUUCAUGGCAACACGUUUUGUUGGUUGAUCAUUGAUGUAUCAAGAUGUUUGGAGACUUCAUUUCAUAUUUACUCAGGUAAAGGAGGAGGGUUUUGCUAAUUGUUAGUGAUAGCAUUCUUUCACUUUUUUAUUGCACGAACGCCUUGUUGUUUGUCGCUGCAAUGUAAACAGGAGGGAGAAGUAGUAGUUGUUAAUGUCUGUUUCCUGAUUGAGGAGUCAGUACAUUGCUUCAAGUUUUUCAAAAUUGCACUUGCAUGCUGGCUACACUGUUAUGGGGAAAGUAAACUUUUGAAUAGGGAGAAAGAUGGGAAAAUUCCAUUUCCCCUUUUUCCUGUCAAUUCUAGUGUGUAUAGUUGUAAAUAUAAAAUUUUGUGAGCUGUCCAAUAGUCUCAUUAUUACAAUAUAUGUAUAGUUUUAAUUCA